UGCCCUGUCCAACCCAAUGUUAAUAAGCGCUCGCUACGAGCCAGGCACUGGGCCUGGCGGCUCGGGCGAGUCCCGGUUCAUCAAACAGCAGCCGCUGCACGUGAGAAAUGUGAGCAGCGGGGGGACGUUCGUCCCCAAGGAGCGCGGCCCAGCCCGGCCCGCGGGGUCAGCGGCGGGCAGCCGGCCGGGGCGCGGGGCCAGCGCGGCUGCCGCGGGGCCGGGAGGCCGAAGCCGCCGAGUCAGGGCGCGCUCCCCGCCCGGGUGCCUGACCACCCGGAACCCCGCGGGCUCGCGCGUCCAGUCUCCCGCAGGCGGCGCGGCCUCCGCAUCACCCCGAGGGCGUCCGGGCCGGGGCCCCUGGUUGGCCGGAAAGAUCUCGCGGAACGCCUGCGUGUCGCCUGUCACCGGCCCCAUCAGCCCCUCCAGCCAGAGUCCGGGGAUGGCGAGGCGGGAAGGCGCCCGCCUGUGCGGCCGUCUGGCUGUGCUCGCCCUUCUUCCCUCGGUGAUCCUGGCGCAGUACGAGAGCUGGCCCCACUAUCCCGAGUACUUCCAGCAGCCUGCCCCCGACUACAGCCGGCCUCGGGCGCCCUCCGACGUCGCCAAGAUCCAGCUGCGCCUGGCGGGGCCGAAGAGGAAGCACAGCGAGGGGCGAGUGGAGGUGUACUACAAGGGCGAGUGGGGGACCGUGUGCGACGACGACUUCUCCAUCCACGCCGCGCACGUCGUCUGCCGGGAGCUGGGCUACGUGGAGGCCAAGUCCUGGACCGCCAGCUCCUCCUACGGCAAAGGGGAAGGGCCCAUCUGGUUGGACAAUGUCCACUGCACUGGCAAAGAGGCGACCCUUGCAGCCUGCUCCUCCAACGGCUGGGGUGUCACCGACUGCAAGCACUCAGAAGACGUGGGUGUGGUGUGCAGUGACAAAAGGAUUCCUGGGUUCAAAUUUGACAAUUCGUUGGUCAACCACAUAGAGAACCUGAACAUCCAGGUGGAGGACAUCCGGGUCCGAGCCAUCCUCUCUGCCUACCGCAAGCGCGCCCCCGUGACGGAGGGCUACGUGGAGGUGAAGGACGGCAAGACCUGGAAGCAGAUCUGUGACAAGCACUGGACAGCCAAGAACUCCCGCGUGGUCUGUGGCAUGUUCGGCUUCCCUGGGGAGAAGACGUAUAACACCAAAGUGUACAAACAGACCCCAAGGGAGGGUCAGGGUGGAGUGAGGGAAGGCGGUGGCCGCAGUGAGGCGCAGCUGCCGGCCCCCGGAAGCCCACCCCUCCCAGCCGACAGCCAGCUCGGGGACCUGUGGGCUGAACAAGGACACACUGGGCCGGGCAAGGGGAUAGGACCCAUCCACCUCAACGAAAUUGAGUGCGCCGGGAAUGAGAAGUCCCUCAUAGACUGCAAAUUCAAUGCCGAGUCUCAGGGCUGCAACCACGAGGAAGAUGCUGGUGUGAGGUGUAACAUCCCUGCCAUGGGCUUCCAGAAAAAGCUGCGCCUGAACGGGGGCCGAAACCCCUACGAGGGCCGGGUGGAGGUGCUGGUGGAGAGGAACGGGUCCCUCGUGUGGGGGACCGUGUGUGGCGAGAACUGGGGCAUUGUGGAGGCCAUGGUGGUCUGCCGGCAGCUGGGCCUGGGGUUCGCCAGCAACGCCUUCCAGGAGACCUGGUAUUGGCAUGGGAACAUCUUCACCAACAAAGUGGUCUUGAGUGGCGUGAAGUGCUCGGGAACGGAGCUGUCCCUGGCACACUGCCGGCACGACGGGGAGGACGUGGCCUGUCCCCAGGGCGCGGUGCAGUACGGGGCCGGAGUCGCCUGCUCAGAAACUGCCCCUGACCUGGUUCUCAAUGCGGAGAUCGUCCAGCAGAGCACCUACCUGGAGGACCGGCCCAUGUUCAUGCUGCAGUGCGCCAUGGAGGAGAACUGCCUCUCGGCCUCAGCAGCCCAGACUAACCCCACCACGGGCUAUCGGCGCCUCCUGCGCUUCUCCUCCCAGAUCCACAACAACGGCCAGUCCGACUUCCGGCCCAAGAAUGGCCGCCAUGCGUGGAUCUGGCAUGACUGCCAUAGGCACUACCACAGCAUGGAAGUGUUCACCCACUAUGACCUCCUGAACCUCAACGGUACCAAGGUGGCAGAGGGCCACAAAGCCAGCUUCUGCUUGGAGGACACGGAAUGCGAAGGAGACAUCCAGAAGAAUUACGAGUGUGCCAACUUCGGCGAGCAGGGCAUCACCAUGGGCUGCUGGGACAUGUACCGUCAUGACAUCGACUGCCAGUGGGUGGACAUCACUGAUGUGCCCCCUGGGGACUACCUGUUCCAGGUGGUCAUUAACCCCAACUACGAGGUCGCAGAGUCAGACUACACCAACAACAUCAUGAAGUGCAGGACCCGGUACGACGGCCACCGCAUCUGGAUGUACAACUGCCACGUAGGUGGUUCCUUCAGUGAAGAGACGGAAAAAAAGUUUGAACACUUCAGUGGACUCAUAAAUAACCAGCUCUCCACGCGGUAAAGCAGCCCGGUCACCUGCCUCCGGGCCACCGCUCGUCUUCCCAACAGCUGCAGCCUGACCGAUGCCACACUCCCGCUCGCCCAGCCCAGUCUGCACCAGCUCAACCCCCCGCCGCCGCGCCCCAGCUCAGGAGAGGGGGAUUCCCGCCAUUUGCUGGGGGCGGCUCCCCGAUGUUUGAGGCCUGGGAAGGCCCCUGGGGAUGGGCUUGUCGGCAGGGCUGUGGGAGCAGCACCAAGAGCCUUCUUGUCCGGGACACGCAGGUCAUCUAUCCUCAGCUGGUCCCAUCCAUACCAAGCUCCGCCCCGAGUCUGACCCCACCUUGCUCAGCUCACCACAGAUGAUUCAGGGCCAUUCCCUCCCUCCGUUAAACGUGGGUGGUGUGAGCUGAUCAACCCCAGGUGGUCAGGCUGAAUCCCCUUUCUCCUCUUACAUGGUUUCCAGCCAACUUGAACAUCCAGACCUCUCCCCCAAUUAAACAAACUGCCUCCAUCAUAGUCACAUAUGCUGCCGUGCACUCCGAUUAGAUGAGCUCAGAGUUGGGGCGCCUCCCCCUCCCUCACCCCUAAGUCCUCUUACUUUUUAAGAUUCCGUUAUUAUAUUUUCACGACUUUGAAACAAAAAGCGAUUUAGUGGCAUUUAAUAUUGAGCAUCUAGGCCUUGGAAGGUAUAGCUCAAAAUAAAGCGCCAGCCCACCUGUGUAAGUGACUCAUCGUACUGCUCCAGCUCUGGGCAACUGACCGGCCCAGCGGCGCUAUCAGCAGGGUCCUGGCUGAUGGGGACAUUCACUGAAUGCCAGGUGUCAUCACAGACACUUACACAUACUUGAAACUUUGAAUAAAAGGUCCAUGAUA